GGGGCUGGCGGGGCCGGGAGCCGCUUUCUUCGCGGGCUAGAGGGGAGGGUGGGCGUGGAGCGAGCGGCCGCCUCUCCGCGCCCCCGUAGCCGCGCUGACCGCCCCCGCUGCCCGACCCUGCCCCGACCCACCGGCCGGCGCUUCCUGGGGAGCGACGCGAGGCCCGUGUCCGGGGGUCCCGGGCCCAGGGGGAGCGAGGCCCGUGUCCGGGGGUCUCGUGUCCGGGGGUCUCGAGCCCUGGGGGCGCGAGGCCCGUGUCCGGAAAUCCCGUGUCCGGGGGUCCCGAGUCCGGGGGUCGCGAGUCCGGAGGGCCGGCCGGUGCACAGGUCCUUGCUCAGCCGGGCGUGCCUGUCAGUGACGGAACUCGUCGCUCUCCGUCGGGCCUUUUCGGCGUCUGCAGUGCCCCGAUUCUGAGAGGGUCCUGUUCCUAGGGUCCGUUUCUCUGAGCCCCUUUUAAAAGAAGAGUUCCCACCCACUGUUAGUACUGGUCCCGCAGUGGGAGAGUGAGACCGCGGGACGGGAGGCGCAGUGACCCGGAGGCCCUCCAGGACAGGUACCCGGUUGCACAGCCAUGGCAAUGACGGGCUCAACACCUUGUUCAUCUAUGAGUAAUCACACAAAAGAAAGGGUGACAAUGACCAAAGUGACACUGGAAAAUUUUUAUAGCAACCUUAUCGCUCAACAUGAAGAACGAGAAAUGAGACAAAAGAAGUUAGAAAAAGUGAUGGAAGAAGAAGGCCUUAAAGAUGAAGAGAAACGACUUAGAAGAUCAGCACAUGCUCGGAAGGAAACAGAAUUUCUUCGUUUGAAAAGAACAAGACUUGGAUUGGAAGACUUUGAGUCUUUAAAAGUGAUAGGCAGAGGAGCAUUCGGUGAGGUGCGACUUGUUCAGAAGAAAGAUACAGGGCAUGUAUAUGCAAUGAAAAUACUCCGCAAAGCAGAUAUGCUUGAAAAAGAGCAGGUUGGCCACAUUCGUGCGGAGCGUGACAUUCUAGUGGAGGCAGACAGUUUGUGGGUUGUGAAAAUGUUCUAUAGUUUUCAGGAUAAGCUAAACCUCUACCUAAUCAUGGAGUUCCUGCCUGGAGGGGACAUGAUGACGCUUUUGAUGAAGAAAGACACUCUGACCGAAGAAGAGACUCAGUUCUACAUAGCAGAAACCGUCCUGGCCAUAGACUCCAUCCACCAGCUCGGGUUCAUCCACAGGGACAUCAAGCCGGACAACCUGCUCCUGGACAGCAAGGGCCAUGUGAAACUUUCCGACUUUGGCCUUUGUACAGGACUGAAAAAGGCACAUAGGACGGAAUUUUAUAGGAAUCUGAACCACAGCCUCCCCAGCGACUUCACUUUCCAGAAUAUGAAUUCCAAAAGGAAAGCAGAAACCUGGAAGAGAAAUAGACGUCAGCUUGCCUUUUCCACAGUAGGCACUCCUGACUACAUUGCUCCCGAGGUGUUCAUGCAGACCGGGUACAACAAGCUCUGUGAUUGGUGGUCGCUUGGGGUGAUCAUGUAUGAGAUGCUCAUUGGCUAUCCACCUUUCUGUUCUGAGACUCCUCAAGAGACAUACAAGAAGGUGAUGAACUGGAAAGAAACCUUGACUUUCCCUCCAGAAGUUCCUAUCUCUGAAAAAGCUAAGGAUCUAAUUUUGAGAUUCUGCUGUGAAUGGGAACAUAGAAUUGGAGCUCCUGGUGUUGAAGAAAUCAAAAGUAAUUCUUUUUUUGAAGGCGUUGACUGGGAACAUAUCAGAGAGAGACCUGCUGCAAUAUCUAUUGAAAUCAAAAGUAUUGAUGAUACCUCAAACUUCGAUGAGUUUCCAGAAUCUGAUAUUCUUAAGCCAACAGUGGCAGCAAGUAACCACCCCGAGACCGACUAUAAGAACAAAGACUGGGUCUUCAUCAACUACACAUACAAGCGCUUCGAGGGCCUGACUGCACGGGGAGCAAUACCUUCCUACAUGAAAGCAGCCAAGUAAUGCCUGUGAAGUGGACCCCAAAUGGAGGAGAGCGUUUUGUGCAGCCUCACGGUUUUCCCGUCACAUCACUAUCACUGUCAUCCUGUUGCUCAUCAAUUUGCUUGAGCGGGCACCAGUAAUGUGUCCAUUGUGAGACUUGUUGUUCCUGUUUUUGGCAUAUCAAAUAUGCCACGGGGAGCUUGCCAGGCUCUGCCAUGUGGGACGGAGGACUCGAACCUGGGUCAGCCGCGUGCAGGGCAAACGCCGUACCACUGUGCUAUCGCUCCAGCCCUCCUGUCACAUACUCUUUUGAAAGAGCUUCCAAGAAGUUUAUGGAAACCACGAGUAUGUUAUGGUCAAGUCUCCUGAAAUGUGAUGGUAGGUGGAUUCUCCUCCAUCCAUACCUGAAAACCUAUAAAACAGAGACAGCUGUUUUUACUACAUCAGCCCUAUGCUGUUCUGCUUCUUUAGAAGUGUCAUGAGCCAAUUUGAUAGAUAUUUGAAAAAAAGUUGUUUUCCUGAGUUCAUCGGAAUGAAGGGGGAAAAGCAGCCAUCAUCCAAACAUUCUUGAGAUUGUAACAUGUACCAUCAAAUACAGCCAGUUCUGGUGAUAUUGUGACAUGCUUUCUGCCAAGCCCACCAAGUAUUCCUGUUUCUUCUUUACAGCUAAGAGUUCCAUAGUACUAAAGGAAUAAAGCAAUAAUGAAAGCCUGAGAGCCAGCAUUCUGGCUGAAGAGAACAACCCACCAUCCUCUGUGGGGUAGUGAUGGUAGUUUUUCCUCAUACCUCGGCUUGGGGUGAGUGGCUUCUCAGCCUCCUCCAUCGUGGUGCACUUUAUUUAUGGUACUAGGAUAAAGACCCUCAGUCCUUUGGUUUCUCUUCCCCUUCCUACCCACCGAAAGUCUCGGGGUGAAGUCUCUGCUGCUUCUCUGGGUGAUGAGGGAAGGGGGUGACAAACUUGAUCUGCUGUUGCUCUUAGAAGACCCACAGCCAUUGGGCAUCGCCACAGAGCCUCAGAACUGGUGAAACACCCUCACUUGUUCAUCACGGCUGUACCAGCAAACCCCUAAGAUGUCUCGGUGAACCAGCAAUGGCCACGUGUGCCGCCACAGGAACUCUGUUCAUUCCUCCUGGCACACGGGAGGCCUGGAACCUCGUGGUCAAGGUGCUCCUCCUCCAAGGCCUCUAGGACUUCUCAGAAGGGGAACAGGACCCAGGCCACCACAAAGUGCCACUUACUCCUUAGCACGUGGUGCAGCUGUGUGUGUCUCCUCUCUCAGUGUUUAUCUUUCCCUACUACUAUGACCACCUUGCCUUGGAGUCACGAUUACGGUCUUCCUUUGCAGAUUGCUCUCUGGAGGAUGCUCCUCUCCCCCAACAGGGUUACCUGCAGCGGGCUGCCCACGCCUCUGCUCUGGUGCUUGCGCCUGAGAGGCCCUCGACAUUAGCACAAAGUGCCUUCUCAUAACUGCCACCACUUUUUGAGGAACUUUGCUACGUCAGAAAGAUGUGGAGGCUCCAUUUUAAUGCAUUAUUGCUUUUUAAAGUUUUGAUGAUUCUGAAUGCAUCAUUUGCACCUGUGUGAUAACUUUGCCUGUCAUAGGACGCCAGAAGUCAGAAAUUGAUUUCUGCCAGUCUUGAGAUGGUUAAGAUCUACUUAGAAAGGGAAAAAUAGCUUAGCUUAGCCAUUCAGAAAAGAAAAAUGGAGUAUCAGAGUUACAUUCAUAAGUGAAACUGCUUUGGGUUUUAUAAUGUUUCAGAAGAAAAAAAGACUUAUAGCAAAGUAUGAACACUGGGUGAAGGUAAUCUGUUUGCCCUUUAGUCUUUUCAUUCAUAGUAUGUUAGUGAGAAGGAAGUAAUUAAGAUUCUUUUAUGUAACUUGUAGUUUAUUUGUAUUACCAAAUACUUGGGGUCUUGACCCCCACUUGUUUUGCAAGAGUGAGUAAGAGUGGUGAAGUUUGCUGGUGAGUCUGUGUUGGGGAAUGACAGGAAUGAUUAGUUUUAGGGGAAAAUGCCUGCAUUUUUAACUUUGAAACUUCUCAAUAAACUGUGUGAAAGUACAAGUGUGAAUCGGAUGUGUUUUAAAGCUAACAUGGGUAGUAAUUGGAAGCUGCAGUGCUGGUGACUUCUCAACCCUUUGCAUACCCAUGGAACAUCGCUUGGCUGUCUUUAUUCAAAGUAUAUUUCUUUUCUUCUUCUUAAGCAAGAUAGUUUAUCACUAAGUGAAACUUUUAUGUGAGGAGAGAGAAAGACAGAAAAUAGGUGUUAAAGAGAGAACAUGGACUUCUCCAAAGUGAAAACACAUGACACAGGGCGUUUUCCUUGUACGUCGCCCACCUGGGUUCAGUUCCCAGCAUCCCAUAUGAUCACCCAAGCACUGCCAGGAGUAACCCCUGAGUGUUGCCGGGUGUGACCCCACCCCCAAAAAUAAUUAAGCAAAUGUGAUACAUGUUCAAGGGAGAGCAGGGGCUUGGAGAGCAAGCCUCAAAGUGAUGUUUC